CUUUUACAGAGAAAACGCACCACAGCAAGGAUCCGAUUUAUGCUUUUAUCUGCCCUCAAGAGCAGGUGUACGCCUGUGGAUUUUGAAUCAGUCCACGUGAACCUAGCACAUGAACCAGAAUCAUAGCUGACUGCACAGCAACUAUGCCUGAGUCAUUUCUGGAUUUCAAGGACAGCCACUGUGGUGCUGCUAAAUGUAGAGCAUCUCCCCAAAGGCUGUUUAACCAAUCAUCGCUGCACAGAAACUCUAUGUGCUCCUCUUUCUGCACGAAGGAGAAUGUUCAAGAAUGUCUGUCCCAUAUUACCCAGGAACUGUCAUCUUUAGGCAUGUCUCCAGUAUGGUCCGAGACCAUUGGGCAGUCAGAGCUCGAUGUUGUGGCUGUGGUGAACUGUAUGUAUGACCUAAUUCAGCUACACCAUCAAGAUCUCCGAGCGCUAGAAAACAUGGAAGUAGAGCAGCUUAAAUCCAACAGCAGUAUGGACUACCUGCAACUCACAAGCACUCAGCUAAAGGAGCAACUUGAACUUUAUAAAAGAGAAAACACUGGACUUCACGAGAAAGAACGUCAACUACAACUUAAAAUAAAGAGUUUGCAAAAUUAUCUGAAAAAUGAAAAAGAAGAGGUGCAAAAACUUCAGAAUAUAAUUUCAAACCGAGCUGGCCAGUACAGUCAUGAAAUGAAGAGGAAAGAAAGAGAAUUUAACAAACUGAAGGAGCGCAUGAAUCAGCUUCUUUCUGAUAAAAAGGACCGAAAACAUGCUAUUGAUGUGUUAAACUGCAUUGGACGUGCAGAUGGGAAGCGUAGCCUUUGGAAAACAGAAAAGACAGAAGUCAAACACGAAGCAGAGAUGUACAAAACUCUGCUAACUGAUUACGACAGCCGACAGAGAGAGUUAUUGCUGGAAAACGCUGAACUGAAGAAAGUUUUGCAGCACAUGAAGAAAGACAUGGUGUCCAUUCUUAAAUCAAAGAAACCAAUUAAAAAUGACAAAUAUGAAACUUUUCAGAAAGAGGAGGAGGAGGAGGAGGAGGAAGAUAUGUUUGAUUCCACCAAAAACAGUGUUGAGCUUUUUAGUAAUGAUGCUCGAGAAAAACUGACCAAUGGCAUUCGCCUUCAGUGGAGACAACUCAAAAGUCACAUGGAAAGACUAGACAGUCAAGCUUCCUUGGUCGAGAUGAGUGAGAGAAGCAGUAAUGAUUCUGUAUCAAGAGAAACUCAUGAGGAGGAAAUGCACAAACUGAAGCUGGAGAUUCAACAAUGCAAAGACUAUAUUAAAACACAACAACAGCUCCUGCAGCGACAGCUGAGUUCUCCAUGUGAUGAUGAAGUGACAUCUUUACUAAAUAACUGCUACAUGCAGCAAGAAAUGGAGAGGCUCAAAGGGGAGUGGAAAACUCUAGAGGAACAAAGAAAGAUCUUUGACAGAGAGAGAAGGAACUUCACUGAAGCGGCCAUCAGACUGAGUCAUGAGAGGAGAGCUUUUGAGGAGAAUCGUGCAAUGUGGCUUAAAAACCAAUUUUUAAAUUUGAGUCCAUUUCCUGACUCAAAUAAACCUCAAAUAUCAAGAAUAAAAAGUGCCUUUUCAUUAUUUGAAACAGAAACAAAUCCAGGACCAUCUGCAGAAAAUGCCAUUCAUGAUUUGUCUGGCACUUCCACACCCAAAGACUUCCCAGUGACAUCGUCCUCUCCGGACGGACAGUGACAUCAUCCUCUCUGGAUGGAGAGUGACCAGCCUCCACAGAAUAGAAAAAAAAUGUAAUGACACAGUUGUAAUAGUAGAAGUCAAGUUGGAAAAAUGUAAAAAGGCCAAAAAGAAAUUUAAAAAAAGGCCAAGGAUAUUGCCAAAUGACACAGGUGUAAUUAAGUUUAACUCCCUUGUUUUACAUAACUGCCUGACAUAUUUCAUACUAUGCAAAAAAUUAUCAAGAAUACAUAUUUGUCGCUAUUUUAAAAUAUUUUAAUGUAAUGGCCCCAAAAUUAUGUAUGUUUCACAAAAUAACUUGUCACUUUAAAAAAAAAAAAAAAAAAAUAAAAUCUUAUCUACCUAUCUAAAAAUUUUAUCUGGGAUAAAUUAUGAUCUGUCUCUCUAGUCCCGGAAUCAAACUGGGAACCAAACUGGGAAUCAAACUGGGAUACAAUGAUCCACC